GUCUUGAAUGCACUGAUGUCGGAAGUCAGAGAUCUUCGAGUUCCUGAGUUCCCAAUGGUUUUGAACGCGGCAUUAGUUGAUAUUUCACUCCCCUCUGACCUGUCACAUUCCUCCACCUCCCGACACACUCGAACAUCUACAGAUAUGUCUGACUUCUCAGAAGAUCAAAUCAUGGAGUUUAAGGAGGCCUUCCUCCUCUUCGACAGAACCGGUGAUGGAAAGAUCAGCUACAGUCAGUGUGGUGAUGUCAUGAGGGCGUUGGGACAGAAUCCUGUUAACUCUGAGGUCCUCAAGGUCCUGGGCAACCCCAAGGCUGAAGAGAUGAACCACAAGAUGCUCGACUUUGAGCAGUUCCUUCCUAUGCUGCAGGCCAUCGCUAAGAAUAAGGACCAGGGCUCCUUUGAGGAUUUUGUUGAGGGACUGCGUGUCUUCGAUAAGGAGGGCAACGGAACUGUAAUGGGGGCAGAGCUACGGCACGUCCUCACCACACUAGGGGAGAAGAUGACGGAGGAGGAGGUAGAGACACUUCUUACUGGGCACGAGGACGCUAAUGGCUGUAUCAACUAUGAAGAACUCGUCCGGAUGGUCAUGAGCGGUUGAAGAUUAAGAAGAAACAUUCCUUCCUUUCCUUUGUUAGUUUAUUUCUGUUACAUAUUCAACUAGCUUCCAUCCCUCUCCGCCUGCCUGCUCCCUUUAUCGUAUUAUGUCCUUUACAGUCUCACGUUCAGACCAUGAUGCCCCCAGCUAUGUUAAUGGCCUGGGCUCUUUCAAUUAAGAAUAAGACCAACUUGCAUGUAACUAGACGCUUGUGUGCUGCUGGCGUGAACUGCAAUAACAUUCCCAGAUACAAACAAUUCAAUCUGGUUCCAGAUCUGUUUGAUGUCUUGGGACCAGGCUACUUAAUACCUACACUUGGACAAUGAUUAUUGUGAUACAAUACAUGGCUUAGCUGAGUUGUGGUGGGUGACCAAUUACCUAUUAUUGUUAGCCUGGGUCCCAGACCUGUAUGUGCUGUCUUGCCAACUCUGUCAUUGGCAUGACAUUGACAGCAAUGUAGUUGGCAAGAUGGCACAAAGUGAUCUGAGACCAGGCUAGUGAAGUCUUGCUUUGGCUGGGAAUGUCUCCCUUCCUAUUACUAUGCAGUUUGUUAGCCAAUAUGUAUAUGAAGCCAUACAAUCAUGCUGCUGUACAAAUGCAAUGUUCAGUUGAUUUUUGUUUUAUUCUCCCUUUAUUGUUGCAGCAUUCAAAUAAAAUAUUUUUGAAAACGGAGCAGUUUUUUUUUCUAACAAACUUAACUUCUAAAAGAACAUGAUUUGACUGGGUGAACUUAAUCAGCUAUGGAGAUUUGUGGUCAAAUCAUUUUACUUCCACAAAUAUCUGUUUUAAAAGAUUGUCACUGAACUAGUGUUUUGUGUUCAGAAAUGUGUUGCAUUAUAUUAGGUGGACACGAGGGCAGUGAUGUCUAUUUUGGCAAAAAGACAGUUGGCACACCAUGGCAACUUGUACUGUGUUUAAUUAAUGAUGGAGUAACCAUACCAAAACUCCUUUUAUUGACCAAUUCUAAGUCUGCUUUUGAUUGAAUAGUGGCUUAAUGACUUCAUUGUAGAUGAAAGCAUGCUCUAACUCAGUGGGACUGCUGUUCACUUCAUGUAACACUUUUCUAUAGUUACACAGUUGUCUUAUGACCAGUGUUAGAAUAAUUCUAACACUAAGAGAUUUCAUGUAUUUUAGAACCUCUUCAACCUUUCUUGGCACUGAUUCUUAUAUUCAACUUGUACAGUCUGUAAUUGGCAGUCUGUGUGUGUGAUCCUGUAUGACAGUGUUCUAGACUGGAACAUGGAACUGCCCAGUAGAAUCCUGUAUGUUAUGUUGCUCAGUGGGCCGAGACAGAUUCCACUCCACGCUUCCUGACCUUUUCCUAAUUCCCCUCACAACCAGUCACUUCUUACACUCAUUAGGUACCACCAGAGCUAUCGGAGUACGUGUGUGUAAGGUAUCAUACCCAAGUGGUGAAUAGGUCCUCUAAUUACUGAGUGUGUGUUUACGUGUUUGUGCUGGUUGGAAGUGAAGUGUAUUGAUUAUUUGAAUCCUGCUAUUUGUGUGUGUGUGUGUAUCCUCUGCAUUCGACAGGGGAAUCUCUAAUGGCCUCAGUGCAACCUGCCUCAUACCCUCCACCAAUUAACUUUACACUGGAAUCUGUCAGGACUACUGAAGAGACCAAGCAAGGAGGCUGGGCACACAGUCUCACACACACGUGAUCUUGGAUAAGCACACAUUCAGAUUUCUUGACAUUGUGACGCUACAAAUUCAAGAUUUCAAUGAAAUUAUAACAUUUAGACACUAACAAUUAAAGUUUGUAAAUUCUCCAUACAUAUAAUCAAUGUAAAUGGUCAUUCCCAUUCAUUAUGAUGCUUAGAUAUUGGUUUAAAGUGACAGAAUGAUGCAUGGGGCUGACUUGAUACAAUUCCAGUUCAAUAAACUGCUUAUAAUGGUGUACAUUUCAACUCUUAACUAAUCACGUUUUUGACAUUGACUUGUUAUUCAAACCGAAAUAAAGAUCACUUCUGAGA